UCUGCCUGCCCUCCCUGUGUGUCUCGCCGUGGUCCAGCUGCUCAGCCCCUGCUCAGCUGAGUUUGCUGUGGUCGGACCCCCCGAGCCCAUCCUGGCCAUGGUGGGUGAAGACGCAGACCUGCCCUGUCACCUGUCCCCGAAGAUGAGCGCUGAGAACAUGGACUUGACGUGGGUGCGACCCGGCCGCAGGCAGGUAGUGCACGUGUACGCACACGUGCAGGAGAACACGUCGGCAGAGGAGUAUCGAGGGAGAACUGCGAUUUUACGAGAGGACAUCACUGCGGGGAAGGCCGCUCUCCGGAUUCACAGCGUCAGGGUCUCAGACAACGGACCCUACCUGUGUUCUUUCCAAGAUGGAGACUUCUAUGCAAAAGCCCAGGUGGAGCUGCAGGUGGCAGCGCUGGGCUCUGAUCCCCACAUGGACAUGAAGGGCUACGAGGCUGGAGGGAUCCGUGUGAACUGCACGUCUGCCGGCUGGUACCCGCAGCCCCAGAUCCAGUGGAGAGACGCCAGGGGACAGAGCUUGCCCUCGGAGGCAAUAUCUGAGGCUGCAGACCCCCAGGGCCUUUAUGCAGCCUCAGCCUGUGUGAUCCUGGAAGGCGGCUCUGGGGAGGGGGUCUCCUGUGUCAUCAGAAACCCCCUGCUGGGCCACGAGAGGUCAGCCAGGCUUUCCAUCGCAGGCUCCUUCUUCAGGGACACACAGCCUUGGAUGGUGGUGCUCGUGGUCGUGCUGGGUAUUGUGCUGGUGGUGGUGGUGGUGGUGGUGGUGGCGGUGGUGUACUUGCUGUUGCGACACUGGAAAAGGAAGAAGGCGCCGACUCAGGAUGAGGGGAGCGAGCACGAGAGACGCUGCAGGACCAGCUCGUCACAGGGAGGCACCCAGCCCAGGGUGAGUCUGCUGCCCCAGGAUGCAGAGCGGGGCCCACCAGGUGCCGGCGCGGACCCCAGACCACUGCUGGAGCAGCAGGGGGCAGCCGUGCGGUCCCCUGAGGACUCUGAGGCCAGUGUCGAGCUGCAGUCAGUGGUCCCCGAAGCAGGCAGGGCCACCCCGCAGCAGGCGCUGCAAAGCCAGGUGCCUCUGGCGGGGCAGAUUACCCUACACACCUCAUACCUGGUGAGGGGCAUCUUGCAAUAUGAAGAAAAGUUUGUUUUGAAGGACGGGUCCCCUGAGGCCAUGAACAGGAUCUACUCCGAAUGCGGGCAGGAUGUUCCCAAAUCUAGCUGGAGGAGGUUCAUGAGGUUCUCGGGACUGGAGGAGAACGACCUUGUCAUCUGUGAGCACGGGGACCCGGGGACCCUGGCGGAGCAGCCCCACAGGAUGCUGCCGCGCUGGCAGAGCAAGCUGGAGCACAUCGCAUCCCCCUGCGGGCUCGUGGCGGCCCUCCGUGAGAUGCGGCUGCGGGAGCGUCUGGAGAAUGUUACCAACGAGCUGGUGCGGAAGGUAUCUUAGGUCGUGAGGACGCAGAGCCCCGAACUGGAGUCAGCUCCUUUGGCAACGACUGGGACUUAGCAGCAUCCUGGGUGCUGGCCUUCCCCAGGUCCCUUCCCGUGGGCGCCUUCACAGAUCCCAGGUGGGACGGAGCCCCUUCCGUGUCCAAGGAGCUUCUUCGGGAAGCUUCUGACGGGGAGGACCAUGCAAGGUGGGGUACCCUCUGCCUGCAUCCCAUAUGCCUACAGGCUGCCCCUGAGGGGACUCCGGGCACCCUGAGCUGCUCAGCAGGGACCCACUGGCUGUGCUCGGUGGGCCCGAGAGCCGUGGCCUCCUCCAGAAACAGAGGCCAGGAGGGCUGGCUGGUCCUGGGUGUGACCCCAGCAGCUCUUUUGUUGAUCUCUCAGGCACUGCGAUGUCCCCGGCUUCCACUUGGGAGCGCCAUACCAGGGUGACACUUAUAAGUCACUCCAUGACAGACAAGCCAGGGGGCACUCAGCUGUCACUAGGUUAGCUGGGGUGGGGCAUGGGGACAGUUACUGUCACAUGCCAGCUGUGGAGGCCUUUGUACAGUUCUUUACACAUUUAAGCAUAGGUGCUUUUACAGUUUUAUUUAUGUGUUAAAAUUUCUCUUACAUAGUGUGGUCACAUGUUUGUAGAAACUUUUUUCACCCAAUAAGAUUUAUAUUCUAAA